AUGUCGAAAACGCUGUCAAAUGCUAAAUUCUUUAGUGGGACAGUCCACCCACCUUAUGAAGCGUCAACUCGAUAUGCUCCUAUUCUGACACCAGCACUGACACGGCAUUAUGCCAAUGGACGCCCUCACCCUCCUGGCGGAACGCAUCGCAUGAAUUUGGGAGGUGAACCUGAGAAAUCAGCUCUGGAAGAGUACGGCGUUGACCUCACCGCAAGAGCAAAAGAUGGAAAACUCGAUCCUGUCAUUGGGCGAGACGGCGAAAUCCACCGUACCAUUCAGAUUCUGUCAAGAAGGACUAAAAACAAUCCCGUCUUGAUCGGUGCCGCAGGCACAGGCAAAACGGCAAUAUUGGAAGGUCUGGCUCAACGAAUCGUGAAGGGCGAUGUGCCCGAAAGUAUCAAGAACAAGCGGGUGAUUUCUCUUGAUUUGGGUCAAUUGAUUGCUGGCGCAAAGUUCAGAGGUGAUUUUGAGGAGCGGCUCAAGAAAGUAUUGAAGGAAGUGGAAGAGGCACACGGUGGCGUGAUUCUCUUUGUGGAUGAGCUUCAUACGCUGUUAGGUCUUGGAAAAGCGGAAGGAAGUAUCGACGCGAGCAAUUUACUGAAGCCGGCAUUGUCCCGAGGGGAGCUGCAAUGCUGUGGUGCUACGACCCUAAACGAAUAUCGUCAGAUCGAAAAGGAUGUCGCACUCGCGCGGAGAUUUCAGCCAAUUCAAGUGGGCGAGCCGACUGUCCAGGACACUAUUUCGAUUCUGCGAGGUAUCAAGGACAAAUAUGAAGUUCACCACGGAGUUAGGAUCACUGAUGGAGCCCUUGUCGCCGCAGCGACUUACAGCAACCGCUACAUCACUGAUAGAUUUCUUCCAGACAAAGCCAUUGAUCUAGUGGACGAAGCCGCCAGUGCACUCCGCUUGCAGCAAGAGAGCAAACCGGAUGCCAUUCAAGAAUUCGACCGUCAAAUUAUGACGAUUCAGAUCGAGUUAGAAUCGCUCAGAAAAGAGAAGGAUGUUGCCAGCAAGGAGCGACGGGAAAAGCUUCAAGAUACUUUGAAAGAAAAACAAGCUGAAGUGGCAAAGCUGACAGAAAAGUGGGAUAAGGAGCGCGCCGAGCUCGAUUCUAUAAAAACCACAAAGGAAGAUCUGGAAAAGGCAAGGAUUGAGUUGGAGCGCGCACAGCGUGAAGGCAACUUUGGAAAAGCCGGUGAACUCCAAUAUGCUACCAUACCCGCGCUAGAGAAAAAGCUGCCCGAAGAGGGUGCUUCCACUGCGGACAACGACAGUCUUCUGCAUGAUUCUGUUACUUCGGAUGACAUUGCUGGAGUGGUUUCAAGGACAACUGGCAUUCCAGUCACAAAACUAAUGGCUGGAGAGGUCGAGAAACUAAUUCACAUGGAAGAUACCCUCCGCCAGUCUGUUCGUGGUCAAGAUGAGGCGCUCAAAGCUGUUGCCAAUGCUGUAAGGAUGCAAAGAGCGGGCUUGAGCGGAGAAAACCGGCCGCUUGCCAGUUUCAUGUUUCUUGGACCUACUGGCGUUGGAAAGACUGAGCUCUGCAAAAAGAUGGCUAAUUUCCUCUUUUCCACCGAAACAGCCGUGGUCCGGUUCGAUAUGAGUGAGUUUCAAGAAAAGCACACCGUGAGCAGGCUGAUUGGAAGUCCGGCCGGAUAUGUCGGCUAUGAUGAUGCCGGUCAACUAACGGAGGCUGUCCGCCGAAAACCAUAUGCUGUGUUGCUCUUUGACGAAUUCGAAAAGGCUCAUCGCGAUAUAUCUGCAUUACUUCUCCAGGUCCUCGACGAAGGUUUCUUGACCGAUGCCCAAGGGCACAAGAUUGACUUCCGCAACACUCUGAUUGUUCUUACUUCCAAUCUUGGAGCAGAGAUCCUUGUAGGAGACGAUCAUCUCCACUCCUACAAGACCGCCGGAGCGGAUGAUGCGGAGAUACCCGAAGCUGUCAAGAAAGCUGUCAUGGAUGUUGUCGGAUCUGCAUACCCGCCUGAGUUCCUUAACAGAAUCGAUGAGUUCAUCAUCUUCCGUCGACUCUCGCGUUCUGCUUUGAGAGAUAUUGUCGACAUUCGACUAAAAGAGUUGCAAUCACGCCUUGAUGACCGGCGUAUAAAACUUGAAGUUGAGGAGGAUGUCAAGCAGUGGCUGUGCGACCGUGGAUACGACCCACGUUAUGGCGCUCGUCCACUGAACCGUCUCAUUGCUAAAGAAGUUGGUAAUGGUCUUGCUGAUCAAAUCAUAAGAGGCGAGAUCAAGAGCGGCCAAACCGCAAAGGUAACCAUCAAAGAAGACAAAGAGCACCUGCAAGUCAUUCCUUCUGCUUGA